GGCUGGGGAAGUGGUUCAGCAGUUAAGAACAUUGGCUGCUCCUCUGGAGGACCCAAGUUUGAUUCCCAGAACCCACAUGGUGACUCCACUGUCAGGGAAUAUACAUUUUCUUCUGGUCUCCUGGGGCACCAGGCAUGCUUGUGAUGCACAGCCAUGCUCACAGACAAUACACCUCCACACAUAAACAAUGAAAGAAUUUUGAAAAAUAAAAUAAAUUGGCCCCGGGCGUACCAACACCUGAGAAGCAGAAGCAGGGUGAUCGCUGCGAAUUUGUGGUCAACCUGGUCUACAUAACGAGUUUUAGGCCAUGCAUGGGGACUAGUGAGACAUUGCCUUAAAAAAACGUUUAGGCCGAGGGAUGGAGAAAUGGCUCAGCGGUUUCCGAGCACUGGCUGUUUGUUCUUCCAGAGGACCUGUGUUCAAUUCCCAGCACCCACAUGGCAGCUCACAACUGUCUGUAAUUCUAGUUCUAGGGGAUCCGACAAUCUCACACAGAGUAUACACAGGCAAAACACAAUAAAUAAAUCUUAAAAAAAAAAAAGUCUAGGCUGGGCGGUAGUGGCGCACGCCUUUAAUCCCAGGCAGAGGCAGGCGGAUCUCUGUGAGUUCGAGGCCAACCUGGUCUACAAGAGCUAGUUCCAGGACAGGCUCCAAAGCCACAGAGAAACCCUGUCUCGAAAAACCAAAAGAAAAAAGCAAAGACAGGUUGAAAAGACUUAGUGGCGGGGGUGGGGGUGGGGUGGGUGUCUGAGCAGUGAGCAAAGGAGUCCCAGCUUUACCAAGGGCCACCAGCAUCAGCUGCUUGUCCACAGAGACACGAUAGACUUGGGGCUUAACCACAGAGGUCCGGAGAUGGGAAAUAUCGCUGGGGUUCGGGGGUUCUGCUGACUGGUGCUAAGGGUCUGGGUAGCUUCUGGCAAUUCCCAGAAACGACGAUGUGCCUGAAUGUGGGGAGGAAGGCCCCCAGACUGACUGAUUGAACAGGAUGGCCCACCCAUCGUCUUAAAUUGGUCUUUGCAGGUGCGGAAGUGAAUAAGGCUAGCCUAGCCUCCCGACACCUUCCCACACCUAGAGCAGCAGGAGCUAGGGUCAGCUCAGCAGUAGCACAGCCUCGGCUCGCCCGCGGCGGUGGAGGAAGUGCGAACCAGUGCUGUAGGGGGUGCUGUGGAGACUUAGUUGAGGUCAAACUCGCGUGUGCGUCAUCGGACAGGGGGCCGGGCCUCUGGAACCCGGAAGCUGGGGACCCACGUGGGAGUCCGGGAGGCGACUUGUCUUGUCUUGGUUGGCAGAUUGUGGGACUCGGGGACAGUUUGUCCUACGCGAGGGGACGAGGUGUGGGAGGCCAGCGGGUCCUCUGCAACGGUCUGUUAGUGGAGUCCCGGGUGCAACUGGAGCUAUGCGACUGCUCUGGACCGUCGGGUGCUUCGGUCACCGGAUCGUCCGUCAUUUCUCCCCGGUGGCGCGGCCUGGCGGGGAGGAGCUGAGCCGCUUGCUUCUGGAUGACCUGGCGCCGACCCAGAGGCUGGAACGUCUGUUCGGCCUGUCCCCGUGCCUCCUGGCCCUGCGGGCCGCCCGCCGGAGCGUGGCCCGGCUUCUGCUCCAGGCGGGUAAAGCUGGGCUGCAAGGGGAGCGGGCCGAGCUGCUCCGGGUGGCCGAGGCCCGGGGCAUCCCUGUCCUGAGGCCCAGGCGGGAGAAACUGGACGCCUUGUGCGGCCACCAGGUGCACCAGGGCGUCUGCAUGGAGGUGAGCCCGCUGCGACCCCGGCCUUGCGAUGAGGCCACAGAGGCGAGCCCGGGAGACGACCCUCAGCAACUAUGGCUCGUCCUUGAGGGGCUUCAGGAUCCCCGGAAUCUUGGGGCUGUGCUGCGCUCCGCUCACUUCCUCGGAGUAGACAGAGUCAUCACCAGCCGGAGAAACAGCUGCCCGCUUACCCCAGUAGUCAGCAAGGCCAGCGCUGGGGCUGUGGAGGUGAUGGACGUGUUCGCCACUACUGACCUGGCCGUUUUUUUGAAGGCCAAGGCCCAGCAGGGCUGGCUCGUGGUGGGCACAGUGGGCUGCCCAGGUCCUGAGAUCUCCCAGUCCUUCAAGGUCCCCAUCACUAGCUGCCUAGAGUUCACCUGGGACCGGCCUACUCUCCUUGUGCUGGGCAAUGAGGGCUCUGGUCUGUCCCAGGAGGUUCUUGCCUCCUGCCAGCUGCUUCUUACUAUUCUGCCCAGGCGUCAGCUGCCUCCCGGUCUUGAGUCCUUGAAUGUGUCUGUGGCCACAGGAAUUCUUCUACACUCCAUUUGCAGCCAGAAGAAGGGUUUCCCUGCACAGACCGAGAAAGGACAACUUCUCCAAGGCACUUGAGAACCCUUAGCUACGCCUGGAGGACUCAGAGAGGCCCAGUACCCAGGACUGCCACUGUGGUCGGAAAAACAGGCUCAAAGUGGGCUCAUCUCAACUGAGAUACACAUGUAUAGGAAUCGGACCGAGUCGCACACUGGCUUGAAUGUACCGGGCUCUCUGCCUGUGAGAAGCUGUUUAUUGGCUAUGGUCAGUGGAGACCAAGGGGGUGGGGUGUCAUUUCCAGUUGGAAACGGUAGUUUGCUAAUGUCCAGGAUGCGUUAAGACAGAUGGUGCCUGUCCUGGAUCUCCCCUAGGACAGUCAAAGGGAUGUCUUGGCAUGAGGAAGAAUGGGGCAGUCCAGUGCAGGGUGUAUGACGUAUGAGAGUGAGGGUGUAGAGGGAAGUUGGGUGGAUGCGCAUGCAUACCUACUCUUCCAGGCGAUGGGAAUUAAGUAAAUGAGGGGUUCCAUCCAGUGAGUGCCUUACAGCUGAGCUGAGCUGUCCUGCCCUGUCUCUCCAUUAGGUGGCAGUCUUGCUUUUUGCACCAUAGUUUUGCAGCUGCAAAGCACCAUUAGAGACAGGGAAGAUACAAACACACACACACACACACACACACACACACAGAGAGAGAGAGAGAGAGACAGAGAGAGAGAGAGAGAGAGAGAGACAGAGAGAGAGAGAGAGAGAGAGAGAGAGAGAGAGAGAGAGAGAGAGAGAGAGAGAGAGAGAGCGAGCGAGAGCGAGAGAGCGAGCGAGCAGUCCAACCUGGUGGAACCCAUGACCAGAGCCCUUGCUUUUGAAUCUGAGAGGUUAUGAAGUCAGGGUCACUAUUAUGCAAUUCCAAAUAGGCUUGGUCCCCUCCUCCAGGGUCCCACAAGUGGAUAAAAAGUCUGAUAUUGCAGAAUAGUGGUCUCACUCUGGGCUGCUGCACGUUGGAACACUUGAUAAGCAUUAACGGAACAAGCGCAAUACAGCAGCCACCGUGUGAAGGGUGGGUAAACCCUGGGCAGUAGGAUUUUCUUUCUUUCUUUCCUUUUUGAGAUGGGUUUCAUGUACCUAGGGUGUCCUAAAACUUGCCCUUUAGCUGAAGAUUACCUUGAACUUUUGAUCCUCCUGUCCCCGCCUCCCAAGUGCAAGAAUUCAAGACACCCCCUCCCCCCACUGUGCCCACUCUAUAUGUAGCUGCGGGUAGAUCCAGGGCUCUGUGCAAGCUAUACAAACACUCUACUUACUGAGCUCCAUCUGAGCCCUAGACUGGAUGAUGCUUUGCUGUAGGAACUGUCCCGAGCACGAUGAGACGUACCCACUAGAGGUCUGUAUCCCAUCUCCAGUUAUGAAACAAAACUGUCCUCACAUGGCCAGAUAUCUUGACUGACAGCCCUGAGUGUGGGAUGGAGGACCAUCCCUGAAUUGUAAUCCCGGCGGCUGUGAGACUUGGGAAAAGUCACCUCCGUGCUCUCUCUAUAUCCUUGUAGGAUAUAAAGAACAAUGGGAGCUUGGUGCCCGUUUCCUCUGUGAUCUCCCUGGAGUAGGGUCCGAAUCGCAGUGAGCACUCAGUACAAGGUUUGAAUUUGUUUGCAGAAGGCCUGGAGAUCUUACUUUUCUUGCUGCUGUUGAAAAUACUGAAUAAAAGCACUUAAAGGAAGGGUUUCUUUUGGCUCAAGUUUGAGAACUUUCAUUUCCUCAUAGCGGGGGUGGGGGGUGGGGGUGAGGUAUAGCAGCAGGAGGGGGUGUGAGGCAGGAGCUGGGGCCCUGGAUGUGGGUGCUCGCUCACUCUCUCCCCUUCCCUUGUUCAUUUAGUCCAGGGCUCCUGCCGCGGGGCGGUGCUGCCCACGUUCAGAGAGAGCCGUCCCUCCUCCAUUAGUCCUGUCUGAGAACACCCUCAAAGACAUGCCAGGGGUGGCCCUCCCAGGUGAUCCCAAAGACAGGCCAAUGGUCAGUGAAGAUGAACCGUCACAGGUCCCACGGUCACGGUAAAGUUUUUCUCCUAAGGAAAGACAGAGAACCCUUCAUCAACACCAUUCCCCCCAGCUCCCCAUCUUGAGCUGUGUGUCCCCAGCUGCCACAUAAGCUCUGAUGACCACUGAGCUCAGGCUGUGCUGUCUCACCGAAGAGCAGGGAUUUGGUUUUUGUCUUUUUAUUGUUUUGUCAAUUUUAUGAAUUCAAAUAUAGGUUUUUAGCAUUGCCUGUGCCUUGGAGUCAUGGGGUAGGGAAGGGGUUGUCUGUUAAUGCCCAGAAGCACCAGAUUAAUUAAAUAACAGUCUCCAGGAAGGAGCCAGGUGU